AUGUUUAAAAUUAUUCUCACAAUUAGUGCAGUUUUAAUUUUAUUUCUUGUGACUGCGAAAGCUCAAACGGAUGAAAAUGAGUUACAUACAACACAAACUGAAGAAUAUGAUGAUAUUGCUAUUACAGAAGAUGCCUUAAAUGAUUUGGUGGCACUUAGAAACAUAGGCGAUGUAUAUAAUAAAUUUAACGACUCCCGAAUAAAUGGUGGCCAGGUGGUUAAGAAAAUUGUACCUUUUCAAGUAUCCCUGCAAGCUUAUCGACGUAAUCGCUGGCGCCACUUUUGUGGCGGUGCCAUUGUUAGUGCUAAUCAUGUACUAACCGCUGCUCAUUGUGUAGACAAAAUGAAACCUGAGGAUAUACAUAUAGUUGCUGGCACUUUAACUUGGAAUACAGGCGGCCAACGACAUAGAGCGGCAGCUAAACGUGUACAUCCAAAAUUUUCAUUGAGUCCAAGAAUUAUUAACGAUAUUGCUAUUUUAAAAGUACAGCCAGCAUUUAAUUUACAUCGCAACACAAUAGGUACUAUUAGCUUGGGCAGUGUAAAUCGUGUGGGUGACAGAGUUAAAGUGCGUAUAACAGGUUGGGGAGCUACAACUCCCACAGCGGCUGGCGGCUUGCCUAAUAACUUACAGCAAUUGGAGUAUGCAACUAUUUCGAAUGAGGAAUGUGGUAGAAAAGGAUUUAGAGUGACGACAAAUGAAAUUUGUGCAUUGUCAGUUAAAGGACAAGGAUCGUGUAUGGGUGAUUCUGGUGGUCCAUUGGUUACCACACAACGUCCUUUACAACUCGUUGGUAUUGUUUCAUAUGGUUCAGCCACCUGUGCCCAAGGUAGACCUGAUGUUUAUUCAAGAGUUUCCAGCUUUCUACCCUACAUUACCAAAGUGAUUACCAGUGAAAUACCAUAAAGCUGUAAAUAAUAAAGAUUUUACCAUAAAAAAUAGUAAA